AUGUCGGGGCCGGAGGGUAGUCCCGCGGGGAGCCCGACCGCAGACACGACGAUGAGCGAUUUGAUUGGCGGACGGUACCGGCGCAUCCGCAAGCUGGGCAAGGGCUCGCAGGGCAGCGUGUGGGAGUGCGAGGAUGUCACCGCGGCCCCCGGCGCGCCGCGCGUGGCGUGCAAGACCUUCCCCCUGUCGCACUCCGCCAUCAUCGACAUCCGCGCGGAGGUGCGCGCGCUCGAAAUGGUGGGCGACCACCCCAACGUCGUGCGCCUCGUGGAUUUCAUCGUCGACGCCGCGGCGGCGGAGGUGCAUGUAAUGAUGGAGCUUGUACCGGGCGGCGACCUUCUAUCGGAGGUGAUGCAGCGCGGUCCGCUUGCCGAGCCGCUCGCCGCGACGGUUUUCCGGCAGAUCGCGUCGGCCGUCGCGUACUGCCACGCGUCGGGGGUGAUGCAUCGGGAUAUCAAGCCGGACAAUGUGUUGCUUGUUCGACCGCCGGAAAACGCGCCGGAGUUUGCGGACGCGGUGGAACGUGCGACUGCGCGUGCGACGGGGGAUGCUGGAGACGGAAAAAGUCGGGCGAAAAAGCGACAGCCGCUGGGCGACAUCACAAAUCUUCCCCGUGCGACAGCUGCGACGAAUUCAUCCAAGCUACCGGGGACGAUCAAAACCGUCGCAGCUCCUCCCGGCGGACUGGAAAAGGCCCAGCAAACGCCGUCGUGGAGCGCGUAUCUUCCGCCGUCAAUCGCGGCGACGCACGUGGGAGCGGGACGGCGAAUCUGGGGAGUGAAGCUCGCUGACUUCGCGCUGUCGACGGUCGUUAAAGGCGGACUCAACGGGAAAAAGGCGGAUCUCGGCGCGGGCACGCGGCAGUACAUGGCGCCGGAAAUGGACCAGGCCGCAUCCGCCGCCGCCUCCGCCGCCGCAGCCGCUGCUGCCGCGGGCGCUGCGGCUGGCGCCGCGGGAGGGACCGGGGUUGCGCGAUGUGACAGUAACGGUUCGUACGGGUUGAAGGCUGACGUGUGGAGCCUCGGGAUUACGCUGUGCGCCAUUCUAACGGGGCGACUCCCGGCAGUCGAUUCAGCGACGCUCGCGCUUCACGAUUCGCUGCCGAUCAACUUCGUCUCGCCCAGCUGGAAAGGCAUCUCCGCCGACGCGAAGAAUCUCGUCCGUCGGAUGCUGCGCGUGAACCCGGAUCAACGGCUGAGCUCGUUCGAGGUGCUGGAGCAUCCAUGGCUGAACCAGAAGGCGGUACGGCGGCUCGACAUCACGGCGCGCUGCCCCUCGCUGCUCUUCUCCGCGUCGCUCCUCCCGCCGCCUUUCCAGCCCGCCGCGUGCCGCCUCAUGGCGAGCGCGGGCGGAGCCAUGGGCGCCGCGGGGCCUUUCGACACGGCGCAAAAGGCACGGGCGGCCUAA